AUGCACGGACAUAUUGUGGCCAGCUCAGGAGAGUAUUGCCAUGGCUGGUCCGACUCUUACAAGAUCUGGCACAAGGGCUUCCAGUGUCCAGAGCAGUAUGAUGGCCAGGACGCAAAAUACUGCUGUGGGACCUGUGCGCUCCGCUACUGUUGCACGGCUGCGGAGGCGAGGCUGGAUCAGAGCUCCUGUGACCUGGAAGAAUUUUUAGAAUUCGAAAACGAUAACACAAUCAACAUGACACCAACAGGUAAGAUUUUGUGUCGACAUUUUCUGUUUUUGGUUUAUUCAACAUUUAAACUGUAAUGGCUAAAUGCUCUCUCCCUUGGAAAGUCCCGUGUGGCUCAGUUGGUAGAGCAUGGCGUUUGCAACGCCAGGGUUGUGGGUUCGAUUCCCAUGGGGGGCCAGUAUGAAGAAAGAAAAAAAAAAAGAGCGUCUGCUAAAGGUUAAAGCAUUUCUGUUAGAAGUAAAUAGCAGGCAUAGUAAUUUUGGUUCAAUGUAUACAAUUCAUUGAUCCUGGUUUGUGGUCCAGCACUUACAUUUUGUUCUGUCUUUUUCCCCCUCCAGUACCCACCUACUUGCCAUUUGUGAUAGUUGUGAGCACAUUUCUGUCCUUUGUGCUACUUGGCACCGUUGUGUCCAUAUGUUGCUGCCAGUGCCUAAAGCCAAAGGCACAGGAUCGUCAAAAUGCAUCAGCCCCCUUCCAGACCAGCCUGUUGGAAUCUGGAGGGCCAUCCCCAGAGAGCAUGACUCCAUCUCGCCAGUCUAGUUCCAGCUCAACCGGAAGAUCAACCUUGGCACCCCCAAGACAACCAACCACCUCCACUCUUGGCACUGAGGUCAAUGUAAACAUGUAUGUUGCACCUUUGAAUAAUGGAUACCCUGUUUCAAGCACACAGUCUAACCAGUAUGUGCCUCACCCGCAGCCCCCUGGUCCAUUCUAUCAGCCAUAUCUAAACUAUGGGAUGCCCCCAGAGCACACUAUGCUAAUUGCUCCAUUCUUAGACAACCGCUCAAUGUACGGACACCAACUGGUCCAUUCCAUUCCUCAGGCUCCGAUGCACACAGAACAGUUGUACACAGGUGUCACAAUAUGA